AAGACAUCUAACAUCAAAUUAAUUCUCAAACUUUAUGGAUUGGUAUCGAGGAAUGGACCAUUCCUUCGAUCUAACAUAUUCUUUUAUCUUGAAUAAAUUCAAGUUGUAAUAUGGCAUCCAUCUAUGAUUAAUUGCUUCAUUACAAAUCCUACAUUAGGAACCAAAAAAAGGGAAAAUAAAAAAUAAAAAAUAAAAAAAAUCCCAACCAACCAUCACCGGGUUAUCAGUAUUACACUUCCAACCACCAAUACACCCUACAAAAAGCCUACACUUUCCAACACUAAUCCUCAACUCUCCUUGCAUUUCCUCAUUUUAUUAGUGAAUAGCCUCUGGUCACCACUCUAAAUUAACUGCAUUUUCUUCAGAUACAUACCAUGGUACGUUCCAAGCCUCCAUUCUCAGCUGCCUUUUUCCUCUCCCUGCACCUUCUCCUCUCUGCAGCCCUAGUCCCUGCGCACUCCUGCGGCACUUGCACCGCCGGAGGUGGCAGUUUCCCCUACGGGCCACCGGGUGGCCAAAUUCCCGGCUCGGGAUCCUCUGGCGGCGGCAGUGGCUCCCCAACAGCAACUUGCCCACGAGACGCCCUGAAACUGGGAGUGUGCGCGGACUUGCUGAAUGGGUUGGUGGGAGUUGUCAUCGGCACUCCGCCCACCACUCCGUGCUGCAGCCUGCUUGCAGGCCUGCUCGACCUCGAGGCCGCGGUUUGCUUGUGCAUUGCCAUUAGAGCUAACAUCUUGGGCAUCAAUCUCAAUGUCCGUCUUUCCCUGAGUUUGAUUAUCGAUGCUUGUGGGAUGUCUGUUCCCCCUGGCUUCGUUUGUGCUUAAAUUGAUUGGUUAUUAAGUGGCUAUUGUUAUCUAGCGAGCUGUUUAAUGACUGUGUUAAGUGGGUUUAGGAUUGGCUUAAUUGUAUUGGCGAAUGUGAGGAGUAAAAUUUGUAGUGUUGACGUGAAAUAAGUCUGCAAAUUAAAUGGUGCAGCACUAGGUGUCCCUUGAAGGUGUCAUUAUUUCUAUAUGCAUUUAUUUGAAAGUUCGAUCUUAUGGUUUAUAUA